AUGCAAUUUAUAUAUGUGUUACCUGGAUGGGAAGGUUCUGCUCACGACGAUCGUGUUCUUCGUGAUGCCAUUAGUAGGCCUACUUGGCUUAAAGUACCUCAAGGUUGUUACUACUUGGUGGAUGCUGGUUAUUGUAAUUCUUCUGGAUUUCUUGCAUCUUAUCGUGGACAUAGGUAUCAUCUUAAUGAGUUUGAUGGUCAUCGACCCAAGACUCCGGAAGAAUAUUUUAAUAUGAAGCACUCUCGAGCAAGAAAUGUAAUUGAGAGGUGUUUUGAUCCUCAGGAAUCUAUAGAGGAUGAUGAAAAAAGCGAAGAUGAGGAAAGUGAUGAUGAUGAUGAAGUGGAAUACAUACGAACAAUUGCCCCAACUAACCAGCGGAAUGCGUUCAGAAAUAAUAUGGCAAUUGAAAUGUUUAAUAGUUGGAGAAAUGGAGUUUUUAAUAUGGGAUGA